GAGGUGUCCUAACAAUCCAGUCAAACCAGAGAGUUGGAGAGAGACAGCACCAUUGUGCUCCAUAAUAAGAGGGUAGAGGUUUAGGGGAGAGCUUCUCUGAGAGACACAGACAGUGGCUGAUUACACAGCUGUGGACCACUACUGCUUAUUUGACAAUGAGGUUUGAAGAUCUUCUCUUAGAGAUCAAUGGCUUUGGAAGGUUCCAGAAGAUGAUCCUUUGCCUUAGCUUUGUGGGGCGUUUCACCUUACCAUGUCACUUCCUGAUGAACAACUUCAUAGCGGGUAUCCCACCCCACCAUUGUGACAUCAGCGGUCUGGAUGCUGCAGAUGUAUUUGGGAAUCUGUCGGCGGAGGAGAGACGGACGGUCAGUAUCCCGGAGCAGGCGGACGGGACGCUGUCUUCCUGUCUCAUGUUCUCAGAGCCCCAGUUCCACCUACUGCACAACUCCUCCAACAGCACCGGACUUCCUGCAGAACCGUGUCUGAAUGGAUGGGUGUACGACAACAGCACCUUCACAAGCACACUGGCCACUGAGUGGGAUUUGGUGUGCGAAAAGAAAGGACUGAAUAAAGCCACUGCCACCAUCUUCUUUGUAGGGGUCAUGUUUGGAGCCGUGACCUUUGGUGGUCUGAGUGACAGGUAUGGGCGCAGAAUAACACUUCUGGUGUCCUACGUGUCGGGGAUGGCGUUUGCGCUGCUUAGCGUUUUCUCCACCUCCUACAUCAUGUUCGCUGUGCUCAGGUUCCUGACGGGCUUCUGCAUCACGGGCAUCGUCAUCGUCACCUCCGUUCUCAUUGUAGAAUGGGUGGACAUUGAGAACAGAAAGCUGGUGGGGGUGAUUGACAGCAUGUCAUGGACAUUUGGAAAUAUGGCUCUAUCUCUGCUUGCCUUCCUCAUCAGAGAUUGGAGGUGGCUAAUUGUGGCAGUUACAUCACCAGUGGUCUUAUCCAUAAUAUUGUGGAGAUGGAUUCCAGAAUCAGCUAGAUGGCUGAUAGCAAACGGGCGGCUAGAUGAAGCUCACUACUACUUGAAUAAGUGUGUUCAGAUGAACCGUCGGCAGGGAAUGGCCUCCUCCAUCAAACCAGAGAAUCUCUCUAACAUUGUGGUGGCCAAUCGUGGGAGCAGGAAAUACUCCUAUCUAGACCUGAUGAGAACUCCCAAGAUGAGGAAACUAGCACUAUGUACAGGUCUCACCUGGUACGGAGUUGCCUCCACCUUUUAUGGCAUCAGUUUUAACAUUACAGGGUUUGGAGUGAAUAUUUACCUCACACAGUUUAUAUACGCUGUCAUUGAAUUCCCCGCUAAAGUGGUGGUGUUCUACCUUCUGGACAAGAUUGGGCGCCGUAAGACAGAGUGUGGAGCUCUCUUCCUGGCUGGGUUAUGUCUCGCUAUCACAACAGCCAUCCCCAGAGAACAGCAGACGGUGAGAACAGUAGUAGCGGUGCUCGGUAAGGGGUGUUCUGCAGCCUCUUUUGCCACUCUGGUUCUAUACAGCUCUGAGCUCUACCCAACUGUGAUCAGGCAGAAUGGCAUGGGCUAUAACUCCUUCAUGGGUCGUGUGGGGGUGGCUGUGGCCCCCCUGAUCCUGCUGUUGGAUGACGUGUGGUUGGGCCUUCCUCAGGUCAUCCUGUGCUGCAUUGCAGUGGGGUCCAGUUUAGUGGCCAGCCGACUGCCUGAAACACGAGACCAAUGCCUGCUUGAGACCAUCGAAGACCUUGAGGGAACAAGAGCAUCACAGGUGGAAUCCCCCGUCCUCUCUCAGGAGAAUGAAGAGCGAGAAGUGGGAGGAUGAAAGAAGCUGAUCAUCGCUACGACAAUUCAAUUCAACAGAAAUACUUGUGACUUAAAGUUUGUAUUCCCCUUACUGAAAAGAUGAAUGUAUUCCUCAACUGGAGAAAAGGUAUCUAGGUGCAACCAGUGUAAAGAGAGCACAAAACAAUCAAACAGAAAUAAAU